AUUUUAAUACAUCUACCUGGUGAGUUCAAGAUGGACAGUAAGCAGUCUUGUGUGAAGCUGUCAGUUCAGCCAUCCAGAGGGCUAAUAGAUGAGAAAUUCAUAGUCCUCGUCCAGAAAGCUCUGCCCGGUUCCCAGCUGACCAUCCACGCCCUGCACCAGUGUGAAGAUGGACACAGCUGGGAAGCAUUUGGUCACUACACUGCUGAUACCACAGGGACCGUCAAUGUUUCAGAAGAUCCCAGUAUGGGUGGAACAUACUCAGGAGUUGAACAGAUGGGUCUACUGUGGAGUCUCAGACCAGUUCCAGGCAGCAAACCUGGGCUCAGGAUGCGAAAGAAGAGUGUCCAGGCUGCAAUGGAGGUCACAAUCUCAGUGUACAAGGGUCACCAGACACAGGGCUUCGCAGAUAUGGUGCCACUAUCUGGUGUGAUGGUGGAACGCUGGUAUAUGGCACCUGGUGUCAGGAGGAUCCCAAUUACAGAGGAUGGACUCACCGCAACCCUCUUCCUGCCCUCAGGACCCGGCCCUUUCCCUGGCCUCCUGGAUCUGUGGGGGGGUGGAGGGCAGUUGGUGGAGUACCGUGCAGCGCUCUUGGCCUCCCAUGGUAUCGCUAGUAUGGCCAUCGACUACCUGACCGCUAACAUCACCAGAAAAACUGGGAAGAUGGUGGACAACCAGUACUUUGAGACAGCGUACAGAGUACUGCAGCAGCAUCCUCAGGUCUGCAGCAGCAGGAUCGCCAUGAUGGGCCUUUCCUUUGGCACCAGUAUCACCCUCAAGAUGGCUAUUUACUCUAAAGUUAUAAAACUCAGUUGUGCAGUGUGUAUCAGUGGGAGUCAUGUGCAGCCAGUUGAUGGAUCUGUGGAAGAAAUUCUGAAAUACUUUCACAAAAAUGCUGAGAAGACUCGCUUGAAUGAGAAGAACGAGGUGAUCUGGCGAGAUCUGCUGCUGCCCAUCCCCACUGACCCCUUACUCAAAGCCGAUGUGGGACAACUCCAGUGUCCUCUGUUGCUGGUUGUAGGUGAGGAUGAUCAGAACUGGCCUGCCCCUGAAUCAGCACUGGAUAUUAAGGAAACAAUGGAACGAGCGGGGAACAGCCAUCUGCUCACUGUCCUGUCGUAUCCAAACGCAGGUCACCUGAUUGAACCACCGUACACACCGCAUGCCAGAUCCAGCACCUUCAGAACAGUUGAACUAAGUCAGAAGGUGAUGUGUCUGUGGGGUGGACAAACGGCAGAACAUUCUCAAGCUCAGGAGGAUGCCUGGAGGAAAAUGCUGGUCUUCCUCAGGGAGAAUUUGUAUGGAACCAGAACCCCUACCACAUUUUCCCAACUGUGAGCAAAGUGAUGACUAAUAAUUGAGUUGCAAAGUGAAUCAAAAAUUUUGCCUAAAGACAAUGGAAGCACUUCUGUGGCAAAUGAUAUGUUAUAAAAAUAUUGAUAUAGCCUUUGGGUUACAGUUCAAUAUUGCUAAUCAAAAUGAUGUUUUUCAUAAAGACAACCAAUGAGUGUCAUGGGUUUUGCAGCAGGAAGCUUUCUGCCUACCUGCUCAUAUGGUGGUCCUGGACAGUCGUGAUUUUGUGUUAAGUCACAAAAGGAGAUUUAAAUGGAAAAGGUUUUAUAAUUGUUGA